AGUGACAUUUAUUUUUAAUAUUUUUUUUAGGCAAUAAAUUCCUAUUUUUAGUGAGAAACCGAAACUUCAAGAAUAUUCCAAAUGUCAGGUUCCAGCGUGGUAGUGCUGGCCCCAAAUGGGCGCAGGCAGACGGUAAAAUGCACCCCAAACACCACAAUUUUACAGAUUAUAGAGGAAGUAUGCAAGAAACAGGGCUUUAACCCGAUCGAAUAUGACAUCAAACACCACAAUAAAAUCUUGGACACAACCACAGCUUUUAGGUUUUCUGGCUUACCGAACAAUGCCCAACUAGAACUAGCUGAUGCUAUAAAAAAUCGAUGUGAAAAGGACAUUACUUUGGCUGUAAAUCUUGAAAAUGGAACUAGAAUUACAGACACAUUUUCUCCCAAUGAUACUUUAUUGAAUGUCUUAAAUAAGAUCUGUCCUGAGAAUGCUUUACCUGAAAGAAAUCCGGUUGUUGUUUAUACUAGAAGGGAAAUUUUUGGGAAAGAAUUGGAAAAUUGUACUCUUAGAAGCUUAGGCCUAAUGGGUAUUUUAUUCUUAGGAGGUAGGGCAAUGAUCAGAGUUCUUAACAAGGAUCCGGAACUUUUAAAGCAACAAGCAAAUGUCAGUGCCCCUCUACCAACCAAACCUGUAGAAGAAAAACCUUACCUAAGAAAAUUUCAGCCUCUAGAAGAGAAAACUGAGGAACCACAACCUGCAACAGAACAUAAUUUUGGUCCAGGUAAUAGACUGGAUAGUUCAGAUAUAAAACCAGAAAAAAAUGUGAAAAACACCACCAAAGACAUACUCAAAUUGGCCAAAGAAAAACGAAAAUCUCAGUCUGAAGAGGAGAAGCUCCAAAAGGGGAAGAAACCAAUGGUACAAGAAAAAUCCCCUAAAAAGGUGGAGCGAAUGGACAUCAAAGAAGCACCACAGAAGAGUAUUGAAGAAGAAUUCAUAUUUUGUGGCGAUAGAAACGGAAUGAUUUUCUCCCUGGAAUCGGCCAAUUCCGUUCCUACCGAAGAUCUACCCGACGACUUUUUCGAGUUGACAAUCGACGACGCCCGAAAAAUCCUCAGGGACGUAAAGAGGAAACGUCACGAACUGGAAAACCAAGCGUUACGCACCUCCCACCUGAGAAACCUGGAAGAAUCCAAGAAACAACUGAGGCAACUGAACAAGUACAAGAGAGCGAUUAUCAGGGUGCAGUUUCCCGAUCGGACGGUUAUUCAAGGGACGUUCAAACCCACUGAAACGGUCGGGGAUAUCGUGAAUUUUAUCAGGACGUAUUUGGAUGAUGAAAGUUUGGAUUUUUAUUUGUACACGGCACCUCCGAAGAGCGUUUUGAGUAACGACAGUAGAUUGAUUGAGGUCGGUUGCGUGCCGGGGGCGUUGAUUUACUUCGGGAGCCCCAGGGAACUUAGGGAGGGUGGAAAGGGUUUCUUGAAAAGUCAAUUUCAAAGUAUGUUUACUAGUAAUAGUGUUGCUAGUUUAGCAGCGGCCAGAAUAAGGAAACAAAACACGAGAAACGUUGCCGAAUCCGAUGACCCCGACGACGACGUAAUCAUGACAGACGACACUAAUGACAGUUAUCCGGUGAAUUACGGGGCGAGCACUAGUUCCGACAACGGUGGCGCCACUGAAAGAAAAGUCGUCACCAACACUACCGAAUACCCCAAAUGGUUUAAGCCGCAUUAAUGUAACUUAUGUUGUUUUUUUUUUUUUUUGUAAUAAAUUGUGUUUAUGGUUUCAA